AAAUAUCAGACUAUUUCACAUCAGUAGUUCUAAAGUCAUACUUGAUCACAGUGUCCAAUCUCGUCAACUAACAAUUAACUUGACCAAACAAUUGCAAACGCUCUCAAACCGUUGCUAACUUUCCGCUUUAGGUACGUAACCAAUCUCUAGACUAACUGUUUCAUUUUAACCACUAUCAAUAUACUUUUCUGGAUGCAGCUUAUGUUGCAAAUAACAAACAAUAUUGAUUUUAGUCAGAACACCUUUGUGUGUACACAUCGCCUUAUCAAAUUGUUUCAGUGGAGCAUAUUAUCCUGGUCCAGAUGUUUUCAUUCAAUUUACAUUCAGCUAUUAGCCUGUGCCACUAACUGAUAUCAAUGGCUAUUUCCUCUGCCCAGAAACCACCUUGUUGCAGGUUGGCUGUUUGGACAGUAUAUCACAGGAAGUUUACAACCGGGCACUGGGAAAUUAAUUGCCUCUGCAUCUUAACCCAAGAACCUUCUGGUGCUGGUGCUACUUCUGGAACUCCGAGUGUCUAAUAAUGUUAUCACAUCAAUGCAAGCUGCGAGUCGAGAUGCUAGAUACGUUGCAACUGAUAAUGCAAGUAACGAUGAACGUCCGGGUGUACGUAAUAGUGCAAGUCAAAACACACGCAAUAAUGCAGAUCAAGAUACAAGUGAUGAUGCACAUCAACAUGUGAAUCAAGAUCAGUGUGUGCCGUGCAAAUGUCAUUACGAUGGAGAGAGAGUCAUAGCUGAUUGUAGGAAUAGGACACUUGAGAAAGUCCCAUCACAUCUACUAUCCAACAUAACCGAUCUCAAUCUUUCAGUAAACCACAUACGUCGCUUGGAAAAUGGAUCUCUCAGUUAUGCACAUCUUACCAGAUUGGAUGUGUCUUUCAAUCGUCUCAAGGACAUUGAACUCGGCGCGUUUCAAGAGCUAAGAAACCUUGAAGUUUUGAAUCUCACUCACAAUCGUUUAUCUCCAACAAAGGUCUAUCGGGACGGGUUAUUCAAACGUCAGGCCAAACUGAAAGUACUCCACAUUAACCAAAAUGUUGAAUCUCGCCCUUAUGAUGAAAGCUUAAACCGAAGAGUGGAAAGCCGAUCAUUGAAAGACAGCCCAAAUUCUAGCUUCAUUGAGAAAGAUAUUCACCAUAUGCAUUUUGGAAACCACUUUGGGCGAGAUGCUUACCCGGGCCCUGCAUUCAAAUACUUAAUCUCCUUACAAGAUCUGCGCAUUGAUGGACCGAAAGAACUAUAUUUUGGAAAGGGAUUCACAUUGAAGCAGCUCCAGUCACUAUCACUAGGGGGAAGGUUUAGGACAUGUUACACACGUUACUUGAGGAAUGACACAUUUGAGGAUGUGCCUCACUUACAGACUCUGGAUGUGUCAUACUGUCUGUUGAUUGACAUUGAAAUAUCAUCUUUUGAAGUGUUAAAGAAUCUUACAUCCCUCCUCAUGUCACAUAACAGAUAUCUGGGAAUAACAAAAAUGGGACAAGCUACGUAUGGACUGCAGAAUUCGUCUCUGAGAACACUAAACGUAAAUAGAAUAGGCCAAAUAAUGGGGCGUAGUACACUGUUGACAGUUGAAGAUGUCAAAUAUCUGAAGAAUACCAAAUUAGAAGAAUUGUACAUUGAAGCAAACAGAAUAGAAAUUAUUGAUAAAAAUGUAAUGAGUAACCUUCCAACGUCUCUCAAAAAGAUAUCCAUCAAAGAGAAUAACCUUUCGUUUGGGCUUUACUUGAUGGAAUUGUCGGUGUUGACUGAUUUGAAGUGGGUAGAUGCGUCGCAUCAAGAUACAUCAAUAAUAUCCUUCUUUGACACUACAAGCCUUCAUUCGCGUCGCCUUCUUCAACUGGAUAAAUAUAACAAACCUAUCAGGGGAAAUGUUACAAUUUAUGUGCCUCCAAAUGUUACAUUUAUCAAUGCAAGUCAUUCAAAAAUGGCCUUUGAAGUACUGCGUUUCCAAAUUGGUGAAAACAAAAUUCGGGAGAUAGAUUUAUCGUUUAAUUAUUUUACCUUGUGGACGGGUCCCAUCAUAGGAUUAACACACCUAGAAAAAGUACAUGUUUCUAACAAUUUCUGCGAACACCUUGCUGAAGGAGUUUUUUCAUACUUUCCAUCCUUGAAGUAUCUGGAUAUCAGUUCCAAUUAUCUUGGAUAUACCCUCACGAAUGACACAUUUAGUGAAAUGCCUUUGCUAGAAUAUCUUGACUUAUCAAAUAAUAAAAUAAGUUCACUUCCAAAGCUGAUCUUCAAAAAUAGCAGUCGGCUUGAAUUCUUAAAAUUAGGUUCUAAUUAUAUGAUGUCCUGGAAUAUCGAUAUAAUCAAUUUCAAUAUGACAAGCAUCAAUUUAUCAAGAAACGCUUUUGAUGAAAUUCCAUCUCUUCUGCGCCAUCAAGUCAGAUGCAUGGUGAGACAUGAUUUUCAGCUUCACUUUAAUGACAACCCUCUCAAGUGCAAUUGCUUGACAUUGAACUCACUGAAAUGGAUGAUAGAUAAUUCUUUUAAAUUACCUGGUCUUGAUAAGAUGAUCUGCGUGGAUGACAGCAACAGACAACUAUUCCUGAAAGACAUCCAUCAGAUCGUUUUUGACCUUGACAAAAAGUGUACCUCCUACUUAGGUUUAUCUAUCGGUGUCCUCUGCCUUGUGAUGCUUGUUCUAAGCUUGUCCACAACAGGAAUAGGGUACAGGUUUAGAUGGAAAUUGAGGUAUCUUUACUAUCUGGUACGAAUAAAACACCGGGGUUAUCUGGCUGCGGAGGAGGAAGAAGAUGGUGGACCUCAGUUUGAGUUUGAUGCUUUCAUCUCCUAUGCUGACGAGGACCGAGGAUUUGUUGUGGAGGACAUGAGGCGGAUAUUGGAAGGACAGCAUGGACUUCGACUCUGUAUCCACCAUCGAGACUUUCUUGUGGGGGAAGCUAUUGCUGCAAACAUCCUGCAUGCCAUCAGAUCAAGCAGGAGGACAGUGAUAAUCCUGUCAAGGAACUUCCUGAAGAGCUACUGGUGUAAGUACGAAGUAGAGAUGGCUAAGAUGGAGAGUAUCUACACUGGACGGAACACACUGCUGGUGGUAAUCCUGGAGAAGAUCCCCGUGAAGAAUCUACCCCCUAACAUUGUAGAAUUAAUGCGUCAAGACUCCUACUUGGAGUACACGGAUGAUCGGGAAGGUCAGGAGGUGUUCUGGGAAAGUCUUCAACGUGCUGUACAUACUGCGUAGUUGCUUGCCUAGAUAUGGGAGCACGUGCUUCAUAACUGAACUUACCUUUAUCAUUUCUAAUUUCAUACUUUUCACAUAGGCGAAACUUAGUGAUAUAUUAUAUUAUCGGUUUCUUUGAGGAAAGUUAGCAAUAGCAGUUCAAACACUACGUUUCAGCAGUACACAAUGUAAAUAUAUGUUUGUAGGGAUUUGAUCAUUUUCUGACAUGGAACUGAAAUGUUAACAGAACAAACAUGUACUUUAACGUGAUUGUUUACUAAAAUCAACCAGUCACUGAAGCUAGAACCCAUGUCACAAAACCUAUCGUAAGCUCCAUCUCAUCAUAAUGUUUGUGUUCAUUUGUUUUCCUUCAUAUCAGUUUUAUAUCAUUGUUUGUAUUUUCCCGAAUAUGGGAUAA